CUCCACGAAUGAACGAACGUCAGAUGCGUCAUCUGAGGAGGGGGAGGGCCGGGGCAAAGGAGGGGCACCCUGACAUGGAGUCUGCCAGCUCCGUCAGCCCUGACUCGGCCCGGCCCGGAGCUGAGCUCCCCACCUGCCGGUAGCCCAGGAGAUGGAGCAGCCCAGCCCACGUGCCCGGCCUUCCGCCCCUGACUUCACUUGAUAACAAACCAGAAACUGAAACAGGGUCGGGAUGCCGGCUUGGAGUUAGAGAUGAGUCACUGCUGAGAGCAGCUGCAGUAGCUGAGCAGUGGCAGCAGAGAGGCAGACGUGAGCUGAGGGCGCAGAGGCAGGCAGCAUCUCUGAGGGUCCCCAAGGAACAUGGCUGGGAGCCGUGAGGUGGUGGCCAUGGACUGCGAGAUGGUGGGGAUGGGGCCCCACCGGGAAAGCGGCCUGGCUCGUUGCAGCCUCGUGAACGUCCACGGUGCUGUGCUGUACGACAAGUUCAUCCGGCCUGAGGGAGAGAUCACCGAUUACAGAACACGGGUCAGCGGGGUCACCCCUCAGCACAUGGUGGGGGCCACUCCAUUUGCCGUGGCCAGGCUGGAGAUCCUGCAGCUCCUGAAAGGCAAGCUGGUGGUGGGUCAUGACCUGAAGCACGACUUCCAGGCACUGAAAGAGGACAUGAGCCGCUACACAAUCUAUGACACGUCCACCGACAUGCUGCUGUGGCGUGAGGCCAAGCUGGACCACUGCAGACGUGUCUCCCUGCGGGUGCUGAGUGAGCGCCUCCUGCACAAGAGCAUCCAGCCCUUCCCCGUGUCCCUAGCUGGAGUUCCUCACUCCCUCCUCGGUGUCCUGAAGCUCCUUGUUAGAGCUGCUGGAGCCACUGUGUGUGUCUGACAGCAAGUCUGCAGCCUCUACUUACCUUGCGGGACUGCAGGUGACUUGAAGGCACAGCCUGGUUCCCAGGAGGCUGGAUUUUGUGCCACUGGCCCGAGGGCUGAAGGCAGGCCAGCUCCAGCCACCUGCUGAAUCUCCUAAGUCCAGAGUGUCAGAGACCUCAAGAGACUCUCACCCACUGACCCACCUGGGGACUCUGGAAAUCGGGAUGUGACCAGGGAAGACCCCAUCGUGGGGCCUCUGAAUUCAGCUUCAUCCCAAGUCCCCACUCUAUACUUGUGU